AUGGAGGCCAUCUUGGAGCAGCCUCGCCUGAUUCACUACAUCUGCCGAAGGCAGAUACUUCGCAGCGAGCCUUUGACGCCUGAUCGAGUCCGGUGGGCAAGCAAGGCUGUCGUGGCUUUCUUUGGGUGGACCGUUGCCAUCAUUGCCGGCUGUCUGCCAGCUUUCCCGACGAAGGUGCAUGUUGCAACUCCAGCAUGCGCACGACUCGUCCCUGCUGAGGUGGCUUGA